AAGCGAAGGAGGUGAGCGAAUGAGAUAGUUUUAAACAGUUUUAGUUGAACACUUUUGAUGCGAAGAAUAUUUAAAUCGAGAUCAACCAUUGUACCGUUUCAUUCGUGGUGUUGUGUUGUGGUUUACAAUAUCAAUAUAAAAAAAAAAUUAUUUUCUUCGACACAGAAUACAACCAAACGGUGUAAGAUUCAUCAAACGACUGUGAACAUGUGGAAUAUUCCAUUUCUUGUGGUGCUCUGCACAUCGUUAGCGUUUGGCCAUCCGCAAGGCACGACACCAACGCUUGAAAAUAAACAGACAUUAGAUGAUUUGAUCAACCAAAUUUUCACACAAGACAAUUCCGGAGUGAGCAAUCAAAACAGUAACCAGAAUCAAAACGGCAAUGGAAACACAUAUCCACAACAACAAACCACAAUUCCGACUCCUGUGAUUGUUCAAGGCGGCGGCGGUGGUGGUGUGAAUGGAGGCGGUAACGGUAAUUAUAACAAUCAGAACAAUCAGCCGUAUCAACCAACUCCAUCGAAUCCCCCGCCAUACAAUCCAAAUUCAAAUCCAAACGCAAAUCCAUGCUCGUUUGGCGAAUGUGUGCCCUAUUAUCAGUGCGCCAACGGCACAAUCAUUACGGACGGUGAAGGUUUGUUAGAUAUUCGUUUUGGCCAAGAAGAGAAUAUCGAUAGUGAGAAACAUCCAUGCCCUGGUCUUUUCGAAACCUGCUGCUCAUUGCGAUCGGAAAAACCAAUGAUCCCACCUGAAACAAAAGUCAAUACCGGCUGCGGUAUUCGUAAUCAAGACGGCGUUGGUUUUCGUAUCACUGGUGACAAAGACAACGAAGCUCAAUUCGGUGAGUUCCCAUGGACUGUAGCAAUUUUGAAAGAAGAAAAAGCAUUGGAUGGACAAGUUUUGAACGUUUACGUAUGCGGUGGCUCCUUGAUCGAUGCUGGUGUAGUUCUGACAGCCGCUCAUUGUGUUGACAAGAAAGAUCCGCAAAUUCUGAAGAUUCGUGCCGGUGAAUGGGACACACAGACAAAAGAUGAGAUUUUCCCACAUCAAGAUCGUCAAGUGCGUGACUACGUCAUUCAUCCCGAGUACUAUCGCGGCGGCUUGUACAACGAUGUUGCUCUGUUGUUCCUAACGGAACCAGUUGAAAUCGCUGAAAAUGUCAAUAUCGCAUGUUUGCCAACUCAAAACGACGUAUUCGAUCAUGCUCGCUGUUUUGCUUCCGGUUGGGGCAAAGACUUAUUUGGAAAAGAGGGCAAAUAUCAGGUGAUUUUGAAACGCGUCGAAUUACCAAUUGUACCACGUGCAUUAUGCGUCCAGAAAUUGAGAGAAACUCGUUUGGGCAAACACUUUAUAUUGCAUGAAAGUUUCAUUUGUGCCGGUGGUGAACGCGGUCGUGAUACUUGCAAAGGCGAUGGUGGAUCUCCGCUAGUGUGUCCCGUCCUCAAUGCGCCGGGCCGAUAUGCACAGGCUGGCAUCGUUGCGUGGGGAAUAGGAUGUGGAGAUGAAACUCCAGGAGUGUAUGUGAAUGUGCCAGCUUUCCGAUACUGGAUCGACGAACAAAUGAAGUUAAAACAUUACACCAACGUUGGAUACAAUGUAAAGACAUAUCCUUUAAUUGCCAUAAUAAGUUUGACUGUGAUUUAUGCUGUGAAUGCGACGCCACAACGAAACAGAUGGCAGCGGCAACAAAAUGAAGAUCCAGCUCUUCAAGAUGCAAUUGACAUGGUAUUCAAUACACCCAACCGUGGGCAGCAGCAACAACAACAACAAUCAACGACACAGUCAAGCCGUGGCGUCGGUGUUGUCGUAACACCAGAUCCAACUUAUGUACCAACCACUGCACCCCAAACGCUCACGGUGAACGAACAAAAUUGCACCUGUGUACCGUACCAUUUGUGCGAUCCAAUUACAAAUACAGUGAGAGAAAAUCAAUCAAACAAUGAUGAAGUGACUGGCUUUGGUCUAAUUGACAUUCGCUUUGAUCCUCUCGAUUGUGUGGAUGUGUUGGACGUUUGCUGUGUUGGCGGUGCACAACGAGAAGAAUCCAUCGUGCCAAAACCAAAUGAAAAUGUUCCAACUCAAGAGGCAGGAUGUGGCGUUCGUAAUGUUGGCGGUCUCGAUUUUGAAUUAGCCGGCGCAUUUGAUAAUGAGGCUGGAUUUGGGGAGUUCCCAUGGACUGUAUGUAUAAUUUUAAUUGAAGAAGACACAUGCAUUUGCGGUGGAUCGUUGAUUCAUCCAAAAGCAGUUUUAACUGGAUUCCACUGUGUGAAAGACUACGUGUUGAAAGCAAGAGAUUUGAAGAUUCGAGCCGGUGAAUGGGACACACAGACAACGAAAGAACGUUUACCAUAUCAAGAGCGUAUUGUUUCAAGAAUUUUCGGUCAUCCAAAUUAUAAUGAACGCUCAUUGGCCAAUGAUAUUGCUAUCAUUGAAUUGGAAGAUCCAUUCCAAAUGGAUCGUCACAUAAGUACAGUGUGUUUGCCACCGCCUGGCUUUGUACCCAAUCAAAAAGAUUGCUUCGCCUCUGGAUGGGGCAAAGAUAAUUUCGGACAAGCGGGAAGAUAUAGUGUAAUCAUGAAGAAAGUGCCACUUGACAUCGUUGAUCGAAAUCAAUGUGAACGAGCUUUACAAGUAGAACGUUUGGGUGAUAAAUUCCGUUUGGACGGUUCAUUCAUUUGCGCUGGUGGUGUUGAGGGAGUCGACACAUGUCAGGGAGAUGGAGGAGCACCUUUAGUGUGCCCCAUCGGACGACCAAGUGACAAUCGAUUCGCUCAGAAUGGUAUCGUAGCAUGGGGACUCGGCUGUAAAAAACCAAUUCCCGCCGUAUAUGCAAAUGUGGCACAGGCUCGUGACUGGAUCGAUGGCCAAGUUCGAUUCAUUGGAUUAGAUACCAACUAUUAUACGUUUAGAAGUUAAAAAAAAAAUUGUUGAUCUAUUCAUUCUUUUUUCAUUCAUAUUUUGGGUUGUGAAAUUCAAAAAUUCUUUGACAAUUAAAAAUAUUCUUCGCUUUUUAUGAAUAAAA